CUCUCUCUACAUGGCAAGACAUCUUCAAUCUCACCACCACCUCCCCUCUCUCCUCUCCUCCGCCUCGCCACCUCUCCUCCUCCUCCUCCUCCUCGUUGCCGCCAUCGCCUCCAUAAUCCUCUCCCUAUGCACCACCAAGAAACACACAAAUAUCUCCAAGUUAAGGAGCAAGCUCCCCUCUCCUCCACCACCAUCUUCAACCUCCGAUCGCAAGCUCGUCGGCAAGCUUAGUGGCAUGGGGAGCAAGGCCAUGGUGGUCGCCAAGAUGGUCUCUUGGACGAGGGGAGGUGACCGCGAGGAGGAGGAGGAGGCGGCGGUGUGGAGGAAGUCGAUACUGAUGGGGGAGAAGUGCCGGCCGUUGAAUUUUUCCGGGAAGAUAGUGUAUGAUGAGGAGGGGAACGAGGUGAAGGAGGCGCAGGAGAGGGUGGCUGGUGGAGGGAAGUAGCCCUAGGCGACUCCAGUAUUGAAAAGGCUUGAUGAUGAUGUGUGUGUCUGUGUUUUUUCUUUAAUUAUAAUUUCCUCCUUUUGUUUGUUGUAGUUUUUGCGUUUGAUUUUUAACUUUGAGUAGAGACCUAAUUACGAAGUUUUGGGGCAAUUUUUCCAUAAAAGAGAAAGUACCGUUGUUAUAUAAAGGGAUUCUCUCAUAUAAAAUGGCAUGGUUGAUGUGAACACGUGAAAUGCUAGUGGGGGCCACAAAACACAAACAUCGUGAAAUGAUCACAUUGCUGCGUGAGGAAAGCCACGUGAAGAGAUGUUGACGCGUGAAAAGGAGAUUUCAUGAAAUCGGGUCGGGUUAGUUGUAUGUUUGGCCUGGUUCUUUCGAAGGUUGCAGGUAUUUAUAUCUUGGCUUCGUAACCUAGGUAGGCGUGCGAAGGAGGGGAGUUUAGUCGGCUUUUUUCUUUUCCUUUGGCGGCUGCGCAGGUGCAAUUGAGGCGGCUGCAGUGCUAAGGCAAAGGGGAGAGAGAGAAAAAGGCGGCUGUGGAU